AUGUUGAGACCGGAGACGGAGAUGAAGCUGUCGUCAGAUUUGUCAUCUCCACCGAGGAUCAACGGCGUCGUUUCGAAUCAGGACGCUGACCAAUCUCUCAGUCGAAAAUGGGAGGAGUUAGAAGUGGACUGUUUAGCAACUGUGUUUGCCAAGGUCGGAAUGGAGUCUCUGGUUUUAGCUCUCCCUUUUGUAUGCAAAUCGUGGUACGCAACAACGCAAAAUCCUUUAUGUUGGAAGUUUCUCUCUUUUCCAGAGUUCCAGCCCUAUCCUUUGUUUUCUACUGUUCAUAAUGAUGAUGAUGAAAUCCAGAGUUUUGGCCCCUUUUACGAUAAGUUUGUAGAAGAAUUCCAAAUUGAUAGGACUCGUUUUUCGAUCACCGGUUUUAUAAAAUUGAUAGUCAAUCAUAGCAAGGGAAAAGCAGUUGAGCUGAAGCUACCUCCAUUUUGCACAGAAGAAGCAUUGAGAUAUGUUGCAGAUGCGUGUCCUGGAAUUAGGUGUAUGCAUUUUGCUGACGAUUUAGAGCUUUUCAAGCACUCUCAGAUUCUCCCGGAAGUGAUUGUCAAGUGGAAGUUUCUGGAGGACUUGACUUUGGGUGGAAACAUGGACAAUAUCAGCAGACAAUUGGAUUUGAUGGUUGAACAGAGGUUGUGUGGUUAUUUUGAGGCUGCGUUGUUGCCAUACGACAACUUUGGCAAUAUGGUGACUAAGAACUUGGGCGAGAUUCUGGUGCAGAUUGGCAUUCACUGCAAGAGUUUACGGAGUUUGCAUGUUUUUGAUACUAUCAUUGUUGUUGAACACGCAUCGACACUAGUGACAAUGCUGCCAAAUCUUGUGGACUUAACCCUAGAACAAUGCCGCAUUGGGCAUUACAGUCUUGUCACGCUCUUGCGGGGCUGCAAGAAGCUUUGGCGCUUCAAGGUUUGGAAUACUUACGGUUUUGAAGAGGGUCACGAAGGAAUUCGAAAUCUUGCUUCUCAUAUUAGUGAAUUUAAGUGUAAGCAUGAUCAAACCGGUCAUAUAUCCUUCAAUUUGGACUUGAAGGAGAAGAUUUUGGAAAGGAGAAGCAUUCAUAUAUGUAGAAAGGCAAAUUCAAACUAA